CAUAGACCCUAUGAGCGAUAGUUGUCGUGUAUGUCGUGUAGAGGCUCAGCUCGCGUGUUCUAUUGGCUAGCUGUAGUUCGUUGGCAACGAGCCCGCGCUGUCUCUUCGUGCCCGGCCGAGUGUAGCCAGCCGAACUUGCAAUUAUACUGUUUACCGAACACCCACACUGCCCUGUGUGCCGCAUUCACAGCUGCACGGUUAGCAGAGCGCAUAGAGUGGUCACCCACGGACGUCAAAGGGAACGUAAAGUUCAAGAUGACAGACCUUAGCUGUGGAGCGACGUGCUCAAAGUAUCUCUUGUUUGUGUUUAACUUCCUGUUUUUUACUGCCGGGGUGGCUGCUCUGGCGAUUGGUAUAUGGGUGUUGGUCGACAAGUCGUCGUUUUACGAUCUGACCAAGUUGACCGAUGACGUGAAUGAACUCGAUGCGCCAGGGGUACUCGAGAUCGCUGCUUAUUUAUUCAUCGUCGCCGGUGCCGUCACCCUGAUCAUCGCAUUCCUAGGCUGCUGCGGUGCGGUGACGGAAUGGCGCCCCCUGCUGGUCACGUAUGCAGUGUUCCUCGUCAUCAUUCUAGUGCUUGAGGUGGCGGCAGGUAUUACUGUGGCUGUGUUCAGGGGUAAGGUGGAUGAGAGCUUGAAGGCUUUCAUGCUAACCACUCUCAAUACUGAAUAUACUGGAGAGAGUAACCACAGGUUCACGGAUGCCUGGGAUGCAAUGCAAUACUCGUUUCAAUGCUGCGGCGUCGAUAGCGGUGCCGACUGGCAAAAGGACGCUGUGACAGCUUGGAAGAUGAAAUCGGAAUGGAAGAUUCCGCCUACUUGCUGCAAGGUUCAAGACACUUCUGCCUUAUUUGGAGAGGAGCUUGUUAAUACCCUUGAGAAGCUGUCCUGUAAAACUCUUGGCGAUUCACUAACGUCCAAUUACGACAAGGGCUGUUAUCAAGCACUCGAAAAUUGGAUUGCUGAACAUGCUACAAUAUGUAUUGGGAUUGGUAUAGGACUAGGUUUACUUCAGAUGUUUGGAAUCAUCUUUGCCUGUCUUCUGUGCAACGCGAUUGCAAAAUCUGGUUCGCAAGCCGUCUAGCAAGUUGGGUCUUCAAGAUAGAGAUAUAGCUGUGUAGCUGUGUCCAGUGCUUCACGGUGACAGUUCAUGCAAACAUUCCUGCAGGCAACACCAGCUGCACGGAAUCUCUCGACACUUGGUGCAAUAUGAUAUGUAUUACAUUGGGGAAUGCUAAACUAUGUCCUUUUAGAUAAACCACAAUGAUGUUACUCUUAUACACUCCUGUCACCAGGUGUAAUUCCAAAUUCACUAGUUGAAUCGGUAAGAGUGAAAUGCCAUGCACGAAUUUCGUUUCUAUAGACUUGCGAAUUUUGCUAUCUAGGAUUUAAAGUUUAUAUUCUCGCGUUUUCUUCCCCACGAUUAUAUUAUUGGAAUUCUGUGCUCUUUGCUCCUAUAUCCACAUCGGAAGGUUUCUACUUGAUAUCUCAUGGCCAUCACGUAGUAUGGCGUUUAUAACAUGAGGGGGUCACAGCGAGUUUUAUGUAAUGUUAGAUAGGAAUGUAGGCCCUACAUAUAUACUGUCCCUGUAGCAUUGAUCUUUCAAGUGCACCUUUGUCCAUGCACAUGUUUUGUGUUGAUCACAGUGCUUUCAUGCUGUAGUAAGCAUAUACUCUAUACCUCACAUCAGGAAUUUUGUCUAGUAAUUAAUAGAAGAUUUCCUGCUCACAAUUAACUAUUUGGCACGUAAAAAACUGCAUUGUUAGUAGUUAGUUUUAUAACAGAAAUAUAUAGCCAUGGUUGAUACAUUGACUAGUUGGAAGUUAACUCAUGUUUAAUAUGGCAAGGGUGCAAUUAAUUUUGAGCCUACUAGUUUUGUAUGAUCACAUAUCUGCAGUGAAUGUGCAUCUAUACAUCUAGGCAAUUUAAAUUUAAACAUGGUUUGUA